CAGUCUAAAGAAGCGAGACAGUAAGGACUCUUCGUACAUACAUGGGUGUACUCAAGUUGUUUAAUUCUUGAAGGUUGUCAAUACCUCAGCGAACCCAAAAAUAAUACAUUUAUAUAUUGAUUCAACCCAUGACAAGACAGUUUGUUGGUGCGAGAGACAUUCGGAAUUCUUUUUCGCUUAAUUUUAGUGUGUCAGUGCUUUUAACUUACCUCAGGAUAUCGGAACCGUUAUUUAAACAGAAUUCAAAUGUUGGCUGUUAUCGAUACGAGCGACAAUCAAACUACACAGAGGGAUCUUAAAUUACCUUCAGACGUUAUACCAACAAUAAAUAUUGAUAGUAUUGAGACCCGAGUACGUGUGAAGAAAAAAGUAUUGAACAAAAAAUCAAAGCCAGUAUUACUCCAUUAUUUAACAUUGGGCUUUAUUGGUGUUUCCGUCUGGGGUACAUUAUGGUGCGCAUUUGGCGAAAAAUGGGCUUGGAAUGGUUCCUGUUUUCGUAUAAGUGUAGUUGGCACUGUGGCUUGGGCCAGUGGCCAAAUUUUACAAGACACAACUACACUACCAGCACAUUUAGCUGCCUUGCUAACCGGCAUCCUAGCAAGACACAUAGGUUUCCUGGAUAUGAGAGAACACAGCGAUAUUGAUUCCUUUUUAAGGAGAGUAUACCCAGUGAUAAUUCUAGGUAAAGGAUCACUUGGAUGGGACCUGAACUACAUGAAACAUCAUUGGCGACAAGUGGUUUGUCUCGGGUGUAUGCCGUGGGUAACAGAAGUGGCAGUGGUUGCCACCUGCACUCAUUUCUUUCUCAGCUUUCCUUGGAUUUGGGGUAUACUACUUGGGGCAGUAUACUCAUCAGUAUCGUGUCCUAUAAUAAUGCCAUCUGUCGUUAAACACGGACAAUCAUACGGCGGUGAUAGAAACUGGCCUCAACUGGUGUGUACCGCUGGAGGCGUGGAUACGGCACUUAGUGUAGGAGUCUUCGGCGUUGUAUUCACUUACAUACUGGGAGAAGAAACCGAUACGACAUAUCGGUAUGUUAAGGCUUGUUCGGCAUUAUUUGUCGGGGUACUACUUGGCGCCAUCUGGGGUAACUUGGCAAAACUGGUGCCGAAAUCCGACUACUAUGUCACAGAACUGCGAAUUCUCUUUGUACUAGCUGGAGGAAUAUUUUGUAAUUUUCUCACGAGUAGACUAGGGUGGGGCGGAACAGGUGGGGUGGCAGUGUUAGCGUGUAAUGCCACGGCGGCGAUGCAUUGGGCAGAACAAGGGUGGAAACUGAACCAGAACCCUGCAGCCACGACUUACAGAGUCCUGUGGUCCGCACUUGAACCUCUAGUCUUCGCUUACACUGGUACCUUUUUUGUGAUAAACCGAAGUGUUGGCAACACCUUAUUAAUUGGAUUAGGGAUCUUGUGUAUAAGUUUGUUCUUUAGAUUAACUGUCGCAUAUAACAUGUGCUGGAAUCUCAGAGUGAAGGAGAGACUUUUUGUUUGUUGUGCGUGGACGCCUAAGUCUAUAGUUGAGGCAGUCCUGGCCCCGUUAGCUGUAAGCACAAUAAUAUCAUCCCAAGGGACUAAUCCCAGUAAUGAGCUGUUGUAUGCUGAAGAUAUACUGCGACUGCUCGUACAAGCCAUUGUAAUAACUGGCCCUAUCGGGUUUUUGCUCACGGAUAAACUAGGGCCGAUGUUACUUAGAGAAAAUUGUAAACCGGAGAGUGAUCCCCAAAAAGAGGAAAACGCCAAUAAUAGCUUACAAGCUGAAGUCUAAAAAUUAUAAUUAUUA